AAAACAAAAGUUAAAAAGUUAUUCAGACAUUUAACAUACACAUUACCUGACAUAACUGAGUUUCAAAUCCUCUUUAAACAAUUAUGAACUGGGCGCAUAUUAUGCUGGUAACACUUUUUCCCCUCACAUUUCUUUACUUAGGCUACCAAACCAUUUCCGAAUCCCCUUCUAGCCAUCAAUCAAUUGAAAUCAAUUUUCAUUUGAGAGUUGGGAAAGAAUGAAUAGUGGUCUGUCAAUCAUACAAUAUUAUACCCUCAGAAACACGCACGGUAAAGAGGUCAUAAAAGGUGUUAUUGGCAAAUGUUGAAAUUUUUAUGGUUUCCCAAAGAGAUUUAAUCGGCGUAUUAAUUGGCUAGCGAUAACAGAGGGUAGCCGUGUGUACCUCCAAUUGCAUUUCGAGGGCGGAGUUUAUCUUUCACACGCUCGGGUUAUCCAGUGGACUCCGCCAGCAGCAGCGAGAACCUGCCCCCGUUCAACAUCACCCACAUCACACCGUAAUACGGUAGCUAUAGCGGUAACGAGUACAUGCCUGCUGCAUGAACGCACAUUAUCAAUAUUUCAUUCGAGUAUGAUACCGUGUAUUGUGCAUGCGGAGACUACUUAUGUGAUCACUUCGAGCAGACGUCGUAUGGAGUGAAACUUCGCUUUCCUUUUUCGGAUAACUAACAAUGUGAAGUUUUCUUUUGACUUAUCAACUAUCAACAGGAACAGUUGAAAUGAUUUUGUGGAUAACUUUGCUGUUGCUCCCCUUCGUCGCAUCCCAGGAUCCUCAGUGUUGUCAUCGGGUUCGGAGCCAUCCAUCAUGCCAGCAGACAUGUGAUCAGAUGGUGCUGGAAUCUACCACAGCUGGUAGGAGAAAACAUAUGAUAACCUUACAGAAUGCUUGCCCAUCAACACUGAAUUCCUUUUGGAGAUGUCUCAAUAACUCAGCCCCUGAUAUAUGGCAGCAGGACACUGCAUGGCCUGGUCAUUGGUGCUGCCCGAACGCUAUCUCUGGACGUUGCCGUGUUGCAUGCUCACAGGCACAUUCAUUCUCAGAGGUAUUAUCAGCAUGUUCACAUUCAGAAGAGGGAGAACUGUUUUCCUGUCUGGACCGAUAUGAAAGACGUGAGUCUUGUUGCAGUUUGGCCCGUGAAAAUACUCAGUGUCGGAAUAAAUGUGAGGAUGUCUUUGACUCCCCUCUUCCAACGGAUAACAUGGGUUUGGACAUAGAGAUCUACUGUUCAGAUGAACGCAUCCAGCAAUGUGUUUAUAAUUAUACUACCAUCAUGGCUCCAAGACACAAUCCUAGAGAUAGUCUUUACUGCUGUGAGCGUUCUACGAGACCAAGAUGUCGGGAGGUCUGUCGGCAGACUUUAACAAAUCUGACAUCAGAGGGCGCUAUAAUGAAUGCCUUGGAAGCAGGAUGUGAUCAGCCUGUGCCCAAUGAUGAAAUGUGGAAAUGUUUUCUUCUUGUAUCAGCUGGGAAUGAAGUCAGUCACCCUGAUGUAGGUCCUACCAAUGCUGGAGCUAUAGAUGGAGCUAAUCUUCAGUGCUGUCUGAGGGCUAUUAGCUCAAGGUGUAGGGACAUCUGUGUCAAGCUCUACACACCAUCACUGUCUAGUAAAGAUACCUGGAAUGAGUUUGAUGAGCACUGUCGAUAUCAGCCUGCUGAAGAAGCACUUCUUACCUGUUUAGCAGAUGUUGAAGAACCUUGUAAACCAGGAUGCAGUGGAAUGGACUAUUGCGCACACUUCAAUAAUAGACCUACCGAUCUCUUCCGCAGCUGUUCAGUUCGGUCUGAUGAGGGCGCUGCCUACGACAUGCAGCUGUGGAGCGAGGGCCUGAUAAGGAUGCCGUUCAUGAACAUCCCUGUUCUUAACAUCGCUGAGUGCGAGUCUGAUAUGUGGAAGACCAUCGCAUGCACGCUGCAGGUCAAGCCUUGUCAUCGUAAAACACACACUAAUAUGAUCUGCAAGUCUGAUUGUAUCCACAUACUCAGUAGGUGCAUCGACCAGUCCCGCUUGGCUAAGGGUGUGGAUUCCGUGGGCUUAUGCAACAUCCUGUCCCCGUUUGAUGACAACGCUCCCUGUGUGUCUCUGAAUCCGUUCCUGGACCCUAGUCAGCAUCAUUCCUCACUCCUAGAGGACAUCACCACACCCUGUCACUCAGAUCCCUGUAACAAUGAUACAGAGGUCCCUCAUGGAGUGUGUAGGGUGAAUAGGAAGAUGUGUGGACAUCGGGAGGUCUGUCAACACCAUACAUGUAGCACAGGAUGUCGUCUAGGAGAAGCUUCAUCCUUCUUGGUGCCCAUCGGCAGCUACGUCCGUCUCCCAGACUCCGGGGACAACCUAGAUUGCUACCAGUCGUGUGUGUGUGGGCCAACGGGACAGCUUGAACACUGCCAACCACUGCAGUGUGAACGCAGCGAGAUGUGCCUCAUCAGUGGACAGAUGAAAGAACAUGCCAGUCAUUUUCAUAUAGACUGCAAUCUAUGUGUAUGUUUCGGAGGGACAGAGAUCUGUUCUAAACGACAAUGCUUGACCAAUGAGAUGACCAUUGAAGAAAGGAGACGAUACACCGGUCUACCUUGUGACUGCACCGAUCAGUUUGUUCCUGUCUGUGCUAAAAAUGGCAAGACAUACCCAAGUGCUUGCAUUGCCAAGUGUGUUGGUAACUUCAAUGACGAGCAGCUCGAAAUAGGAACUUGUGCAGUGAACUCACCCUGCCAAUCCAACCCAUGUAGUCUAGGUUAUAGAUGUGUUCCUAAGCGUAGGGUAUGCCUCAGUGUGAAUUUUGCAGACUGCCCUCAAUAUGACUGUGUUAUUGCAUCCAAUGAUUGUAACAUGGAGACCUAUGCUCCAGUAUGUGACACUAACCACAGGACACAUCCUAACAUGUGUACCCUUCACAGCCUCGGAGCAGAGCUUGCCUAUAGAGGGCGCUGUCAGAUGGAUUGUCAUAGCUCUAUACAUCAGCAGGUAUGUGGUCAUAAUGGAGAGACAUACAGUAGUGAAUGUGAAGCAUGGACUGAUAGGACAACGGUAGACUACUAUGGUCCUUGUCAAGCUGUCGGUACAUUGACAGGCGAGGAAGAUGUUGAGAUCCAGUGCACAACAGUAGACUGUCCAGAAGUUGUUGCACCUGACCUAUGCAUAGCGGUGACACCCCCUGGUAGUUGCUGUCCAAUAUGUGCUGGUCAAGUACGUAUUUUAUUCAGUGAGCGUGAAGUAGACAGAGUAGUCACAGCCUCAGGAAGCCGGAGUAUAUCUUUAGACUCGGUGCUAGAUGGAUUGCGCAAUGAAGUGGCUGUGGCGGAGUGUGACCUCUUUGGAUAUUUGAGCAUAGAGGGCGAUAUAAUAGCAUUGAUCAAACCCAUAGUGACAAAUCCUACACUUAUCCAGAUAAAAGCUUGCAAUACAGAAGCAGAGAAGAUAGCGGCUCUUAUAAACAACAGAAGUCCUGUCAUAUCAGCCUACCUUCAUCUCAGCCCGUUAUUAGCAGCUGCUUCUAGAAACCCUCAAAUAAUAGAACCCAACUCAGCGCAUUCUAUCCAUCAACUUUCAUCAUUCUGUACGUUAAUUAUAGUCUUAAGAACAAUCCACGAUCUCUUAUUCCGAGUCCUUAGGUAGCAGUAAUAAAAAACACACAACUUAGAACUUUUUAUCUUUCCAAAGAAACAAGCUAUUUAAAAAAAAUAGAUUUUAACUUCAUAUUUUAUAUAUGCAAAUCUUUUGAAAUGUACAUAUGAGUUUUUAUGAAUCCUGUAAAUUAAGAGUAUUGUAUUUAUAUUUUAUGUCUAUCGUAGUAUUUUUCCAAAUAAUUGUCUUUAUAUUGUUGGCUGAAGUAUCGUAUUAAAUGUUUGUUAUUUGUCUUGUCUGAGAAUGUUGAAGUUCUUUUUUUUAUUCUUACAUAUAUUUUGAUCCGUAGCCAGACUUCUGAUUCUGAAACUAAGUGAAUACUUUCAAUAUUUGUUUUGGUUUCACAUAUGGAUAAUAUACAACAAUCGUGUUGUUCAUAUAGUUAAAGAUAUGAUAGUGAUUGGAUAAAAGGGAUGGUUUUCAAGCAAUCUGUUCAUUUACAUGAGAUACAUAUUCUGCUAAUAAAUGAAUUUUAUAUCUAUCAAGUCUACAAAAUUUGACAAAAGUUUUGCCGACAAACUGAAGAUAUAAUAAUUUCCUAGUGGCAUUAUUCGUCUGUAUGAUGUCACAAUUCUUUUUUGAAUGAAUUUUUUAAGUCCACUGUUAAUCAGUCAUCACAGCAGUGGGAUAUAUAUCUUUGGAAAUAGUUGAGUGCAUGUUGGUAGAGCUCUCUACAACUCAUCAUAAUUUUCUGUCAUUGUUUCACAUUUUCAUCUAUAUAUUGUGAUAUUGUUGAUUUUUAUAAUUUUAUUUAGAUGCAGUAGGAAUGUUACACUGAAAUCUUUGCAAUCAGAGGAGUCAUAUAGAAUUGUUUGAUGCUAGAAAUAAUAUUGCUGAAUUUGUAGGAAUUAUUUACUUUCAUUGUUUUCUUUUCCUUCCAUUUCAUUCAUGGAAACUUGCUUCUGAGAUUCUUUCAAAUGUUGAAUUUGCCUUUCAUUUAUUCUUCUUUUUUUUCCUCAUCAGUUUUCAUUACAAAUAUUUUGAUAUAUUUACGCUGUUUAUACUUAUUUUUCCAUAUUUGAAAUCUGUUUUGAAAUUGUUUUGCAACUUUAUGGUGCGAGAGGCUUGAAUGAUGGCUACCUACCAAAGAUAAUAUGUACAUAAUUGAAACAAUGUUUAGUAGGAUUUUUCUCUCCUGUACUUUACAGCUUACAUGAAUUUAUUCCCCAAGUUGGGUAAACAGGUGUAUGAUUACUUCCAGCGAUUCUGUGGUUCAUCAUUAAGCAUAUCUAUGAAAGAGAGAGGAGUGUUUGUGUAUGUGUUGGUGUGUGUAGGUGUUUUCAAAGGUAUUUAUGAUCAUAUCAUUUUAUGAUUUAUGUAAUUCAGUUUGGGUCUCUUCUCACAAAGAUUUAUGAAUAAUGGAAUUAAUCUCAUCUAUGGCAAGCCAGCAACACCAUUAGGUGACACAACAUAUGCUCUUGCGAGAUUUGCUAGGGUCUUAAUAUCUCAGAGGGCUUAGGGUUAGAGUUAGGUUUGUUAAAGUGUUUUUGGUACAGAAUAAUAUAAAAGUUUAAUAGGAUUAGGGUUUAUUCAGUUUUGGAGGUUAGAUUUUAUGCUUGACUUAAUGUGCAGAUUUUCCAUUAGAGCAGUUGUCGCCAGGGCAAAUAUAAUGGAACAUUUAAAUUGACAUGUGUCCAUAGAAAGUUUGAGUACUCUAAUUAUCAUGAACACUCAUGCAUGCAUGUUUGUUUUCACAACUUAUUAUGCUCAUUAUAUUGUUUAAGGGGAAUUCCAUAUUUUUCUUCAUUUUUAGAAUUGUGACAUUGAUUGCUUUCCAUCAAUCCAAUUGAUCACAACUCUUGUUGAGACAACCCCAGGACCAUGUCUUACAAAGAGUUACGGUCCAUCCAAUCAGUCGUAACUCUAUGGAAAUCCAUCAGUGUCAUAAUGU